AGGGACGAUCUACAGUGGGAGGAGACCAGCUGACAGGAGCAGCAGCAUUGGAACAGGCACCCUGCAGCCUUCCAGGCACCCUGGAGGGUCUGCUCCCCGUCUUUCUAAGGAUGAGUCUCCAGGAGAUGUUCUGCUUCCCCUUGGGGCUUCUGCUUGGCUCUGUGCUCUUGGUGGCUUCCGCCCCGGCCACUCCGGAGCUUCCUGGCUGCAGCAACAAGGAGCAACAGGUCACUGUCAGCCACACCUACAAGACUGAUGUGCCUAAGUCUGCCCUGGUUCAGGUGGAGGCUGACCCUCAGCCCCUCAGUGACAAUGGGACUUCACUCUUGGCCCUGGGGGAGGCCAGGGAGGAACAGAUAAUCUUCAGGCACAACAUCCGCCUUCAGAUGCCGCAGAAGGACUGUGACUUGUCAACUAGUGUCCAGGACCUCCUGGCCCGUGUGAAGAAGCUGGAGGAAGAGAUGAUGGAGAUGAAGAAACAGUGUAGUGCCCAGCGCUGCUGCCAGGGAGCUACUGAUCUGAGGCGCCACUGCAGCGGCCACGGGACCUUCUCCUUGGAGAGCUGCAGCUGCCACUGCCAGGAGGGCUGGGAGGGCGCCGCCUGCGAGCAGCAGGCCUGCCCCGGGGCAUGCAGCGGCCACGGGCGCUGCGUGGACGGGCGCUGCGUGUGCCACGAGCCCUACGUGGGCGCCGACUGCGGCUAUCCUGCCUGCCCUGAGAACUGCAGCGGGCACGGCCAGUGCGUGCGCGGCUUGUGCCAGUGCCACGAGGACUUCAUGUCGGAGGACUGCAGCGAGCGGCGCUGUCCUGGCGACUGCAGCGGCCACGGCUUCUGCGACACGGGCGAGUGCUACUGCGAGGAGGGCUUCUCGGGCCUGGACUGUGCCCAGGUGGUCGUCCCUCAGGGCCUGCAACUGAUCAAGAGCACGGAGGAUUCCCUGUUGGUGAGCUGGGAGCCCUCCAGCCAGGUGGACCACUACCUCCUCAGCUACUACCCCCUGGGGAAGGAGAUCUCUGGGAAGCAGAUCCAAGUGCCCAAGGAGCAGCACAGCUACGAGAUUCUCAAUUUGCGGCCUGGAACCAAGUACAUAGUCACCCUGCGUAAUGUCAAGAAAGAAGUUUCUAGCAGCCCACAGCAUCUACUUGCCACCACAGACCUUGCUGUGCUUGGCACUGCUUGGGUGACAGAUGAGACGGAGAACUCCCUUGACGUGGAGUGGGAAAACCCCUCGACCGAGGUGGACUACUACAAGCUGCGAUACGGACCCGUGACGGGGCAGGAGGUGGCUGAGGUCACUGUGCCCAAGAGCAGCGACCCCAAGAGUCGAUAUGACAUCACUGGUCUGCACCCGGGGACGGAAUAUAAGAUCACAGUGGUGCCCAUGCGAGGAGAACUGGAGGGCAAGCCGAUUCUCCUGAAUGGCAGAACAGAAAUUGACAGUCCAACCAAUGUCAUCACCGAUCGAGUGACUGAAGACACAGCAACGGUCUCCUGGGACCCAGUGCAGGCUGCCAUAGACAAGUAUGUAGUACGCUACACUUCUGCUGAUGGGGACACCGAGGAAAUGGCAGUGCACAAGGACGAGAGCAGCACUGUCCUGACGGGCCUGAAGCCAGGAGAGGCAUACACGGUCUACGUGUGGGCUGAAAGGGGCAACCAAGGGAGCAAGAAAGCUGACACCAAUGCCCUCACAGAAAUUGAUAGCCCAGCAAACCUGGUGACCGACCGGGUGACAGAGAAUACUGCCACCAUCUCCUGGGACCCAGUGCAGGCCACCAUUGACAAGUACGUGGUGCGCUACACCUCUGCUGACGACCAGGAGACCAGAGAGGUUCCGGUGGGGAAGGAGCAGAGCGGCACCGUCCUGACGGGCCUGAGGCCAGGCGUGGAGUACACGGUGCACGUGUGGGCCCAGAAGGGGGACCGAGAGAGCAAGAAGGCCGACACUAAGGCCCCGACAGACAUUGACAGCCCCAAAAACCUGGUGACUGACCGGGUGACAGAGAAUAUGGCCACUGUCUCCUGGGACCCCGUGCAGGCCACCAUUGACAAGUACGUGGUGCGCUACACCUCUGCUGACGGAGAGACCAGGGAGGUUCCGGUGGGGAAGGAGCAGAGCAGCACCGUCCUGACGGGCCUGAAGCCGGGCGUGGAGUACACGGUGCACGUGUGGGCCCAGAAGGGGGACCAGGAGAGCAAGAAGGCAGACACCAAGGCCCAGACAGACAUUGACAGCCCCCAAAACCUGGUGACCGACCGGGUGACAGAGAAUAUGGCCAUUGUCUCCUGGGACCCAGUGCAGGCCACCAUUGACAGGUAUGUGGUACGCUACACCUCUGCUGAGGACGGAGAGACCAGGGAAGUUCCAGUGGAGAAGGAGGAGAGCAGCACUGUCCUGACUGGCCUGAGACCAGGUGUGGAGUACACGGUGCACGUGUGGGCCCAGAAGGGGGCCCAGGAGAGCAAGAAGGCCGACACCAAAGCCCAGACAGACAUUGACAGCCCCAAAAACUUGGUCACUGACCGGGUGACAGAGAAUAUGGCCACUGUCUCCUGGGACCCCGUGCAGGCCACCAUUGACAAGUACGUGGUGCGCUACACCUCUGCUGACGGAGAGACCAGGGAGGUUCCGGUGGGGAAGGAGCAGAGCAGCACCGUCCUGACGGGCCUGAGGCCGGGCAUGGAGUACACGGUGCACGUGUGGGCCCAGAAGGGGGACCAGGAGAGCAAGAAGGCCGACACCAAGGCCCAGACAGAAAUUGACAGCCCCAAAAACCUGGUGACUGACCGGGUGACAGAGAAUAUGGCCACUGUCUCCUGGGACCCCGUGCAGGCCACCAUUGACAAGUACGUGGUGCGCUACACCUCUGCUGACGGAGAGACCAGGGAGGUUCCGGUGGGGAAGGAGCAGAGCAGCACCGUCCUGACCGGCCUGAGGCCGGGCGUGGAGUACACCGUGCACGUGUGGGCCCAGAAGGGGGACCAGGAGAGCAAGAAGGCUGACACCAAGGCCCAGACAGAACUCGACCCUCCCAGAAACCUUCGUCCAUCUGCUGUGACGCAGUCUGGUGGCGUAUUGACCUGGACACCCCCCUCUGCUCAGAUUCAUGGCUACAUUCUGACCUACCAGUUCCCAGACGGCACGGUUAAGGAGAUGCAGCUGGGACGAGAAGACCAGAGGUUUGAGUUGCAAGGCCUUGAGCAGGGUGCUACCUACCCUGUCUCCCUAGUUGCCUUUAAGGGUGAUCGCCGGAGCAGAAAUGUAUCCACCACCCUCUCCACAGUUGGUGCGCGCUUCCCACACCCUUCGGACUGCAGUCAGGUUCAGCUGAACCACAAUGCUGCCAGCGGCCUGUACACCAUCUACCUGCACGGCGAUGCCAGCCGGCCCCUGCAGGUGUACUGCGACAUGCACACGGACGGAGGUGGCUGGAUUGUCUUCCAGAGGCGGAACACCGGGCAGCUGGAUUUCUUCAAGCGGUGGAGGAGCUAUGUGGAAGGCUUUGGGGACCCCAGGAAGGAGUUCUGGCUUGGACUUGACAGUCUACACAACCUCACCACCGGCACCCCGACACAGUUUGAGGUGAGAGUGGAUUUACAGACUGCCAACGAGUCCGCCUAUGCUAUAUAUGAUUUCUUCCAAGUGGCCUCCAGCAAGGAGCGGUAUAAACUGACAGUUGGGAAAUACAGAGGCACAGCGGGGGAUGCUCUUAGUUACCACAAUGGAUGGAAGUUUACAACUUUUGACAGAGACAAUGAUAUCGCACUUAGCAACUGUGCCCUGACACAUCAUGGUGGCUGGUGGUAUAAGAACUGCCACUUGGCCAACCCCAAUGGCAGAUAUGGGGAGACCAAGCACAGUGAGGUAGGUGACAACUGGGAGCCGUGGAAAGGACAUGAAUUCUCCAUUCCUUACGUGGAGCUGAAAAUCCGCCCUCGUGGCUACAGCAGCGAGCCUGUCCUGGACAGAAAGAAGCGGACACUGGGAGGAAGGGUGCGAACGUUCUGAUGGCCCGUGUGAGCGUUCAUCGCAGGAGACCCCACCAGCUGUGGGAGCACGGGGUGGGGUGGGCAGUGGUGACUGGGGCUGGGAGUGCUCAGAGCCUCUGGGUUCUGGGGUCACCUGAUAACCCGCAGAACAAAUCAUGUCACCAAGCUUCAAGCCAUGGAGGUUCCUUCCCUCUCACCCGCAUUUUUGCCCAUCUUUAUGAGGGCCUUGAAAAUCAAAAUAGCAGUUGCGCAGUAUGAGUGGGAAAGACAGUGCUGGAACUGGGAGGUUUCCCAGCUUAUCUUCAGCUGCAAAUAUACUGGAUUAGGGCAAGAGAAGGAAUCGCCCAGCACUUCACCAAUUGGAAAUCUCUGGAAAUUUACAUCU